UGGUAGCUGUGAAACUAAUUUCUUGACCCGGUAAAUACCAAGUGGGUUUCAGGCUUCCCUAUACUACUUUCCAUGUAUCAAUGUAACUCAAUCACAGCUGAGGGCAGGCCGUCGCACUUUUUGGAGUGGAAACUCGGCCGUCUCCGCCGAUUUCUGAAUGUUGACCGUGGUGUGUACCAAGAGACUUUGAGGGAAAUGCAGCAUAUCCAGAGGAAGAGCUCGAUGGGGGUGAAAUUGGCGGAGGAAGGUGACAGAAGAAGCAACGGCGGUGGAGAGGACGAAGACGGAGAAGGAUCGGUGGUGUUUGGCAAUGAAGAGUGCGAAUUGAGGUGUUCUGGUGGGAGUAAAGCACGUUCAUUUCUUCCAUCUCCAUUUCUAUUAUUUUCAACUUUCGGAUUAGAACUGCGGAGGCGGUGGAGAGCAAUAAUUCUAAUUAGAACUGAUGAGCUAUGAGGAUUUGUCGGUGAUAAUCAUCAAAGGCGAGGGUGGUUUAGUCAUUUGGUCCACAUUU